AAAAAAGAUAGUAAACGACUAAACGUCGUCUUGGCUCUUGCAUAUUAACAUUUUUAAUGCCUCCCAACUAACAUGUCCUUUUCCUCCCAUAUUUCCAUCAAUGUAAAUCCUCUUUUUUGGCCUACAUUUCUCAUCCUUUCCUUACCAACUAGCUUCAUCCUCUCUUUUUCAUACCUCUAUAAUUAUAACUUAAAAAAAUACCUAUUUGCAUACCUCUAUAAUUAUAACUUAAAAAAAAUACCUAUUUGCUCCCACGGUCAUUCUCGUUUAAAUAAUUUAGCCGUUCUGAUUUCAGAAACAGAUAAAAUGAAGAAAUUCUCAGUACAAAUAGGGAAUGGAAGUGAAGGAAGAGAUGGACGUCCGGCAGUGGGUCCCAUUUAUCGGAAUAUUCUGUGCAAGAAUGAAUUUCCUCCUCCUCAUCCUGACUUAUACACUGCUUGGGAUUCAUUUAGGCUCUCAGCUGAGAAGCAUCAACAAAAUAAGAUGUUAGGUUGGCGUGAAAUGGUUGAUGGCAAGUGGGGGCCCUAUGUCUGGAAGACAUACAAGGAUGUUUAUGAAGAAGUGCUGAAAAUUGGUUCUGGAUUGAGAGCAUGUGGGGCUCAGCCUGGUGCAAGGAUUGGAAUAUAUGGUGUUAACUGUCCUCAAUGGAUCAUGGCAAUGGAGGCUUGUAAUGCUCACAGUUUGAUAUGUGUGCCUCUCUAUGACACCUUAGGUUCAAACGCUAUAAAUUACAUUAUAGACCAUGCUGAGAUUGAUUAUGUUUUUGUUCAUCCGGACAAAGUGGAAGCACUAUUAGACUCUGAUUGUUCGUCUACUCAACGACUAAAAGCUGUCGUUUGCUUCACUUCAUUUUCGGAGGAGCACAAACUGAAGGCUAGUAAUGCAGGGAUAAACGCGUACUCAUGGAUUCAGCUCGGUGAUAUGGGCAAGGAAAACCCGACAGAAUUAGUCCCUCCACAACCGAUCAACAUUUGUACGGUGAUGUACACGAGUGGCACCAGUGGAGAUCCGAAGGGUGUUGUCCUAACACAUGAAAAUAUCGCUAUGUUUAUUAGCGGAUUGAAUCUUUUCAUGGAGCAAUUUGAAGACAAGAUGACAGUGAAUGAUGUAUAUCUAUCGUUCCUUCCAUUGGCGCAUAUAUUAGACCGCGUGGUGGAGGAAUACUUUUUCCAUAAGGGAGCAUCUGUCGGGUUCUUUCAUGGGAAUGUGAAAGAAAUCGGAGAUGAUUUGAUGGAGUUGAAGCCAACUUUUUUUGCUGGAGUACCUAAAGUGUUCGAUCGUGUGUAUGAAGGCAUACAAAAGGCGAUAGACGAUCUUCUACCGCAUAGGAGGAUGAUUUUUCGCCUUCUUUACAAAUACAAGUUAUUUUGGAUGAAUUUAGGGUACAAAGAGAAGCAGGCAUCGCCCUUGGCGGAUUUAUUAGCUUUCCGAAAGGUAAAAAACAAGCUAGGGGGCAAGAUUCGACUUAUGGUAAGUGGAGCUGCGCCUUGGAGCGAAGAAGUGGAGGAGUUUUUGCGGGUUACUUGCUGUUGUUUCGUACUUCAAGCCUAUGGAUUGACAGAGACCUGUGGAUUGUCCACAACUUGCUUCCCUGACGAAAUGUCGCAUAUAGGAACAGUUGGUGCUCCGUCUGUAUACACAGAAAUGCGGCUUGAAGAGGUUCCUGAGAUGGGUUACUACCCACUCGCUGCUCCUCCACGCGGAGAGAUAUGCUUGCGGGGUAAAACCAUAUUUACUGGGUACUACAAAAACCCAGAGCUAACCAAAGAAUCAAUAAGAGAUGGAUGGUUUCAUACAGGUGACAUAGGGGAGAUGCAACCUAACGGAACAAUAAAGAUCAUAGACCGAAAGAAGAAUCUGAUUAAACUCUCGCAAGGAGAGUAUGUCGCACUCGAGUAUUUAGAGAAAGUGUACAGCAUUACUCCCAUUGUCGAAGAUAUUUGGGUUUACGGAGACAGCUUAAAAUCAAUAUUGGUCGCUGUUGUUGUACCAAACGAAGAUAACACCAAGAAAUGGGCUGAUCGAAACAGAUUUAAGAGCGCGUUCUCUGACUUAUGCUCCCUUAGUGAGCUCAGUACUUAUGUCCUCUCUGAGCUUACUAUUGCUGCAGAAAGAAACAAGCUUAGAGGUUUUGAACAUAUCAAAGGAGUUAUUCUAGAACCUCAAACAUUUGAAGACAUACCGGGUUUAUUGACACCAACGAUGAAGAAAAAGAGAGAUAAGAUGCUAAAACACUAUAAGACGGAAAUUGAUGACUUGUACUACACUUUGGCAAAAAAGAAAUGAACUUUAUAGUGUUUAUAUGUUAAUAAUAGGAGAAGUAUAUUAUGUAUCCUAGAGAAUGUGAAACUGUUUAGAAUUCAAGUUAUGAGGAAGAUGCUUGUGUACUUUUUCUGCAUAAAAUUUGCAGUUCAGGCAGUGUUUGGAAAGAAUGACACCAGCAAAGUUUAUCAUGAAUAAAAAAUCCAAUCUUUAGAUGUUUGUAAUUUCUAA